AUGACGUCAAUUAAAACAAACACAACUGAAUGCUCAUUAACGCAAGAAGAAAUAAACUACCUACGGACAGCGAACUUAAUACUUCGAGUGGCUCCAACUGCUGUCAGAUUUAAAUUUGACAAGGAAUUAGCCCCUUUUACACUUCAACAAACUCUGAAUCAAGCUAGACUUAAAGUGUUAGCACCUUUGAAGGAAAAGAAAGUUAUAAACCAGACACAAUGGAAUUUUUUAUUUCCUAUCUCAGGGAAGGCCUCAUCUACGACUUUUGACUUGACACUGAUGAUUUGUUUGAUUAGACAUCUAGCACAGAUAUCAGUAUCGGACAUUUUACCACAUCCAACUGAUACAAGUGAAGGGGCUGAUUUAUCAAGGCUGAAAUAUUAUAGGAACAAGAUUGCUCACUCCAAUGAUGGUGUAUUAACUGACAGCCAACUCAACGAUUACUGGACCGACAUUUCUCGGGCAAUUGUAAGUCUGGGUGGACACAGCUUUCAACAAAAAUGUGAUAACCUGAAAAUAUGUAAGCUAGAUAACAAUGAUAGAGAAAUAAUCAUAGAGAUAAGAAAUAUGGAGAGAUCACAUGACCCGAUUCCAAAGGGGUUAAAGGGGAUCCAUAUCGCGAUAAUCGAAGAAUGGGAAAAACAAAAAGUAGUAGAAACAAGAGCUAUCAAACAUCUACUUCACUUGGUAAAGAAAACGGAUACCGUUGUUGCUGUUGGAUCAUCAGGAUGCGGAAAGUCUACAUCUAUCCAAUAUGUUGCUUUAAUGUUACAUCAUCAACAAGGGUUUGACAUCGUACCUCUUUCAAGUCCAGAUUGCAUCUUACAAUAUUUUAAUCCUGAACACAAACAAGUGUUUGUUAUUGAUGACAUUUGUGGUAAAUCUACAAUUGACAACAAUUUGGUUAACGCUAUGAGUAGAAUGAAAGUUGCAAUAAAAAAAAUGUUUAAAAGUAACACAGUAAAAAUUUUAUCUUCGUGUAGAACACACAUUUUUCAAGACCGUCUCUUUAAAAAUAUCAUGUUUAUGGCUACUGCGGUAUGUAAUUUAACAUCUGAUUUUUGCUUGACAAAACCAGAGAGAAUGUCAAUCGCUAAGAUGUAUCUGACAAACGAGGAGGUGACAAAAAUACAGGUAAAUAUUUUUGAGAUGUUUGACUUUUUCCCCCUUUUAUGCAAUCUUUAUACAAAGCAAACAGGAAGAGAUGUCAUUGCGUUUUUUUCUAACCCAGUACAGGUAAUAAGAGAGGAUAUUCAAUUGUUAUUUAAUUCUAAUGAUCAAACAACAUUUGCAACGUUAUUCCUUUUCAUUGUUUAUAAUAACAAUUUACACGAAAAUCUGUUGUUAGAAAAAUCAGGUAUUAAACAAGUUCUUGAAGAGUUAUUUGACAACUUUCAGGUUCAAAGUAAUUUAUCACCUCAAAUUAUAGGAUAUGAAUUAGAAAAAUUGUGCGAGGGAUAUAUAAAAAAAAGUGCAGAUACAUACAGUAUUUUGCAUGACAAAUUGUUUACAAUUUUUGUGUCUUUCUGCGGUCAGCAUAAGUUUGAUCUUGUGCUUAAUAUUGCCCACACAGAAGUUGUACGAGAUCGAUUUCUGUUGGAACGUUUAAUUACAGAGGAAACGGAUGCAACAGAUUAUUGCAUUACAAUUCCGGAAACAAAGACAACAAAAUAUUUUGAGAGACUGCUAAGAGAUAUAAAUGACGGUUUUCUUGAAAAUAUAUUCUUGAAUACACAAUUAAAGUAUGAAUCGUUUCGUCAGCAAUUGAUCGGAUUUCUUGUAGACAGUAUUGAUAUACGUAAAACUGUUAAUUUAUUAGACAACGAAACACAUUACACGUUGAUAUUUUCAAUGGUAUGUCAAGAUUAUAGUGAUAUGUUACAAUUAUUGUUAUCAAAAGAUAUUGACGUGGACAGUAGAGAUGUAAGCUUUAGCUAUUUUAACAUUUUACGUGUAGACACCCCAUUAUUUAAAGCAUCAACAGAGGGAUUUGUCGAUACUGUCACGAUCCUGUUACAGCAUGAAGCUAAUCCAGAUAUCAUAUGUGGACAAUCAGAAACCUCACUUUUUGCAGCCUCAGAGAAGGGUUAUAGUAAUAUUGUAAAAUUAUUACUUUACCACAAAGCCAAUCCUAAUAUUAAAAGCAGAGUAAAAAUAGCACCAUUGUAUGUAGCUGCAUUGAAUGGUUAUGCGACUAUAGUAAAACUACUGUUAUCAUUUAAAGCUUAUCCUAAUACUGUCAGCUGGGGAAAUGUAACACCUCUGCUUGAGGCUUCGAGGAAUGGUCAUAUAGAUGUUGUAAAGUUACUACUAGAAUAUAAUGCUGACCCCAAUUUGAGAGAUAAGUACAGUCGAAUUCCACUUGAUAUAGCAUCGGAAAAAGGUUUCACAGGCAUAGUAUCAUUACUGUUACAGUACAAAUCAGACAAAAAUCACCGUGAUGAGGAUAAUGUAACACCUCUUUUUAGAGCUUUGAUUGCAAAUCACACGGAUACUGCAAGGGUACUUUUAGAACAUGGCGCUGCUAUCGAUAUUUGUGAUGUUAUUAUUAUGACACCUUUUCUCAUUACGGCUGAAAGGAAUAACACAGAAAAUGGCGUUGUAGAUACUCUACUGACCAUAUUAAAAAAUAAAGCUGAUCGAAAAGUUAUAAGUGGAAUGUUAGAAACUUCUCUAUAUGUAGCUUCAGAAAAAGGUUAUAAAGAUGUUGUAGAAUUACUCUUAAACCAUAAAGCUAAUCCAAAUAUUAAAAGCAGAGGAAAAAUAACUCCUCUGUAUAUAGCUUCACUUAAAGGACAUGCUGCAAUAGUAAAACUACUUUUAUCACAUAAUGCUGAACCUAAUACUGGAAGCUGGGGAGAUGUGACGCCACUUUUUGAAGCUUCGAAGUGUGGUUAUAUUGAUGUUGUAAAGUUAUUACUAGUAUAUAAUGCUGACCCAAAUUUGAGAGAUAAGUACAGUCAAAUACCUCUUGAUAUAGCAUCGGAAAAAGGUUACACAGACAUUGUAUCAUUGCUGUUGAAGUACAAAUCAGAAACAGAUCACCACGAUGAGGAUAAUGUAACACCUCUUUUUAGAGCUUUGAUCGCAAAUCACACGGAUACUGCAAAGGUACUUUUAAAAUAUGGCGCCGAUUACAAUAUUUGUAAUAUGAUUAAUAUAACACCUUUCUUUGUUGCGCUAGAAAAGGAUAACACAGAAAUUGUAAGCCUAAUGCUUGAUUAUGGAGCAGGCGGAAAUAUCAAAAACCGGUAUAAUGCAAUACGUUUUUAUUUAGCCUGUAAAAGAGAUGAAACAAUUGCAGUUAAUUCUUUAUUAGAAAAACAAGUUAUGGUAAACAGUACUGAUUAUGAAUUUAACCAAUCAGCGCUGCACGUAGCUUGCUGUCUUGGUCAUACUAAUAUUGCAAAAAUACUUUUAAACGAAAACUGUGACAUAAACAUACGUGAUAAAUAUGGCGCAACGCCUCUCUUUAGAUCUUCUUUCUCAGGCCGAACAGAUACCGUUAAUUUAUUGUUAGAUCACAAAGCAAAUGUAAAUGCUAUCGAUAUUUUUGGGGACACACCGGUUUUAGUAGCUACAAUGAAGAGUCAAAUUGAGAUUGUAAGACUAUUGUUGAAAUACAAGUGUGAUGCAAAUAUCAGAAACAGGCGCAAUAAAACACCUUUGCAUUACGCUUCCGGUGCUGGUUAUACAGAGCUUGUAAAACUAUUAAUUGAACAUACCAAUGAUCUCGAGAUGUAUGAUACUGAUCAUGAGACACCACUCCAUGUUGCUUCGCGCAACGGUAAUGUUGAUAUUGUUCAUUUACUUUUGCAACACCAUUGUAAUCCAGAUUUAUGCUAUAAAGACAGCGAAAAACCUUUGUCUAUAGCUUGUCGUGAAGGCCAUGUACAGUCGUUGUUAGAACAUCCUCGUGAUUCAACUAUCCACAAUAAAGACAGCGAAACACCUUUAUUUAUAGCUUGUCAAAAUGGUCAUAUUGAGGUUGUAAAGUUAUUGUUACAUUACCAUUGUGAUCCAGAAAUCUCCAAUGAAGACUACGAAACACCUUUGUUUACAGCUUGUCGUUAUGGUCAUAUGCAGGUUGUAAAGUUAUUAUUACAACAUGAUUCGAAUGAUAAAAAGACGAAAACCAACGAAUUAUCUACCAGUGACAGUUCUGAGAAAGAACCAACAAAGUAUAUUGAUAUCCCUGAUAAAAGAGGAAAAACUUGUCUGAAUGUAGCAAUUUCAAGAGGAGUUCGUCAUGUCGGUAUUGUAAAAUUAUUGCUAGACCACAAAGCAGACCCUAACAUCAGCGAUGAAAAUAAUGAGACUCCUUUGUUUAAAGCUUCCAAUAUUUGUUCUACAAAUGUCGUAAAGGUAUUAUUAGAACACAACGCUAAUCCAAAUAUUGGCAACACAUUGGAUGAAACACCAAUUUACAAUGCUGCAUGUAAAGAUAAUAUGCAAAUUGCUAAAAUAUUGCUAGAAAACGGCUGUGAUGCUAGUAGUGUUAAUAAAUUUCAAGAAACGCCACUGUUUGUUGCUUCAUCUAAAGGUUAUGUUGAAUUGGUAAAGUUGUUAUUGAAAUACAAAUGUGGUUCCAAUAUUCACAAUAUAGAAAACGAAUCACCGCUUUUUACAGCUGCUAGUAAAGGUCACGUAGAAAUUGUAAAACUUCUUUUAGAACAUAACAUUGACCAUGUUGACUGCAAUUUCUUUAACAACAAACACGAGACUCCUCUUUUCAUUGCAGUAUCAAAUGACCAUCUAGAGGUUGUGAAAGUAUUACUUAACAAAAGAAACUGCAAUACGGAUAUGAGCAAUAAAGACAACACAACCGAGGAUGAACAAUUACUAUCAGAACAAAUUUGUAAUACAAAUAGCGUGAAUGAAGAAAAUGAAACACCUUUGUUUAGAGCCGCAAGUAACGGUAACGCAGAAAUGGUAAAAUUGUUAUUGAAAUGCAAAUGUGAUUCCAAUAUUCACAAUAUAGAAAACGAAUCGCCGCUUUUUACAGCUGCUAGUAAAGGUCACGUAGAAAUUGUAAAACUUCUUUUAGAACAUAACAUUGACUGCAAUUUCUUUAACAUAAAGCACGAGACUCCUCUUUUCAUUGCAGUAUCAAAUCACCAUCUAGAGGUUGUGAAAGUAUUACUUAACAAAAGUAACUGCAAUACGGAUAUUAGUUAUAAAGACAACACAGCCAAAGCUGAAAAAUUACUAUCUGAACAAAUUUGUGAUACAAAUAUCGUGAAUGAAGAAAAUGAAACACCUUUGUUUAGAGCCGCAUGUAACGGUAACACAGAAAUGGUAAAAUUGAUACUUGCUAGAAACUCUAGUGCAAAUAUAUCUAAUAAUAAAAAUGAAACCCCUCUCUGUAUUUCUUCGUGUAAUGGUCAUUAUGAAGUUGUUAAAGUAUUAGCAGAACGCAACUGUGAUCUAAAUCUCUGUAAUGAUCAACACGAAACGCCUCUAUUCCAAGCACUGUUGCAAGGCCAUACCAAAAUUGCAGAAUUAUUGGUGCAAAAUAAUUGUGAUGUUAACAUAUUAAAUGAGGUCAACAUGUCUCCUCUUAGCUUAGCCUCACGCAACGGCCAGAUUGAGAUUGUGCAACUAUUAUUAAACCGUAUGUGUGAAAUUGAGGUUUCUGACGUAACGACUGUUAGUCCUUUGUAUAUUGCAUCCUACUUAAACCAUACUGAAAUAGUAGCGAUGAUCCUGAAAUAUAAAUCUGAACAUAACAUCAAACUGUGUAUGAAAACUUAUAGUUGGGUUCUCUAUGCAGCUGUAUAUAACGGCAAUGCAGACAUUGUAAAAAUGUUACUGGAAAAUAAUUGUGAUUAUUAUAAAUGUAAUAUGUAUAUCAAAAAACCCCUCAUCAUAGCAACAGAAAUGGGCUCUAUCGAAAUUGUAAAAUUAUUAUUAAUGAACAAUUUCGAUUCUAAUAUAUGUAAUUCUGAUAAUGAAACGCCUCUUUUUAAGGCUUCGUUUGAGGGCUUUUCUGAGAUUGUAAAACUAUUGUUAAAAAACAAUUGUGAUCCUAAUCUAAGUGAUAAGUAUAAUCAAAGUCCUCUCCACAUAGCUUCCAGUAGGGGUCAUACCGAUAUUGUAGAACUAUUAUUACGCUAUAAUUGUAAUUCUAGCCUUCGAAACCAACGCAAUGAAAGUGCUUUGGAUAUAGCUUCAGAAUUGAAUCAUACUGAAAUAAUGUUAUUAUUAAGACGCGAGAACAAAGGAAUAAGACGAGAGAAAAAAAGGAAAUGUAAAAUCUCUUAAAACUUUAGUUUUUUGUAAAUUCAGAAAAGUUUGCGAUCGUUUAAUUUUUCUGGUAAUUUUGAUUAGAGUCGCAAAACUUAAAAACUCGCAAUUCAUAUUUUCCUAUUAAGAUUUGCAUGCAGAAUGUUUUGAAAUUUCAAUGAAUAAACUCCUACUUGUGAGGAUUGUUGAACAAUCGUAACGAUAAAUGUAUAUACUACUAUCUGAAUUCACAGUAUCUAUUAAAUGAUUGUUCUAGUGGAAACUGUAGGGGUCUCUGAGAAUAUAGUCUUACAAUUCCAACAAUGGUAAUCUUUUUUGUCGGUAUUACUUUGGAGGUACUCUUGACUGUUUACAGCCUUUGUCACUUAAUUGCAGAUAAUUCACAGACCCCAACACAGCUUUUUCUAGAACAUUCUUGAGCAGAUAUAGAUUGAUUGUAUAUUACAGUAUAUUCAAAUUUGAUUUAGAUAAUUUGAUAUUUUUUGUGUAUUUGAAACAGUUUCUUUUGUGUUUGUCUUGCAAAUGUGUAGCUUAUUGCUUUAGAACUAUACGUAUUGUGUUUGAAAAUGUGUUGAAAAUGUUAUUUGCUCGGUUUAAUAUCGACAUCUGGUUUCUUCCUUUAAUUUUUUAUGAUCUUUUGUUUUCGUACAAUAGUUGUGAAUGACCAAACAAAUUUAAGCAAUGCCAUCAAUUGCACCACAACAUUUGUAGUAAAGGAGGGAUUUGUAUCCAUGAACAUGUAUAAAUUGUUCAAAUAUAUUUAGUAUUUUUGAAUCAUCGCUGAUAACAUUAUCUUAGAGUACAACGUUUCAAAUGCGAUCGACUAAUGUAACUGUUGUUGAAUAUUUAAGUUUAAAUUUUGAUACCCUUCUUAAGAUGAAAUGAACAUUUACAUGAUUAAUAAUAUUUAUAAGACUUAUCGUAAUGUUUCAAUAAAUGUAUACAUUUUACUUA